AUGCAGAAAAGUACUUUAGGAUCAUCAAAAUCAUCAUCAAAAUGCACUGCUGUGUUACCCUAUCAAACCCCAAGGUUAAGGGAUCAUUACCUUCUUGGGAAGAAACUUGGGCAAGGACAAUUUGGGACAACAUAUCUUUGCACACACAAAUCCUCAGGGAAACUGUAUGCUUGCAAAUCAAUCCCAAAGAGGAAGCUUUUGUGUCAGGAGGAUUAUGAUGAUGUGUGGAGAGAGAUUCAGAUCAUGCAUCAUUUGUCUGAACACCCAAAUGUGGUUCAGAUACAAGGAACCUAUGAGGAUUCUGUGUUUGUGCAUUUGGUGAUGGAGCUUUGUGCUGGUGGUGAGCUUUUUGAUAGGAUUAUUCAAAAGGGUCAUUAUAGUGAGAGAGAGGCUGCAAAGUUGAUUAAGACUAUUGUUGGUGUUGUUGAGGCUUGUCAUUCUCUUGGUGUCAUGCAUAGGGAUCUUAAGCCUGAGAAUUUCUUGUUUGAUAGUUCUGGUGAAGAUGCUAAAAUGAAGGCAACAGAUUUUGGUCUCUCUGUGUUCUACAAACCAGGACAAACCUUUCAUGACGUAGUUGGAAGUCCCUACUAUGUUGCUCCUGAGGUAUUGUGUAAGAUAUAUGGACCUGAAAUCGAUGUUUGGAGUGCUGGUGUUAUCCUAUACAUCUUACUGAGCGGCGUUCCACCUUUUUGGGCUGAAACCGAAUCAGGAAUUUUCAGACAGAUUUUACAUGGAGAUCUUGACUUUGAGUCGGAUCCAUGGCCAUCAAUCUCAGACAGUGCUAAAGAUUUGGUAAAACUGAUGUUGAAUAGAGACCCUAAGAACAGAAUCUCUGCUCAUAAUGUCUUAUGUCACCCUUGGAUUGUUGAUGAUAAAGUUGCACCUGACCAGCCUUUGGACUCUGCUGUUUUGACACGCCUAAAGCAUUUCUCGGCGAUGAAUAAACUAAAGAAGAUGGCAUUACGUGUCAUAGCAGAAAGACUUUCGGAGGAAGAAAUAGGCGGGUUAAAAGAGUUGUUCAGAAUGAUCGACACAGACAACAGCGGGACAAUAACUUAUGAGGAACUCAAAGAUGGUCUAAAAAGAGUCGGCUCUAAUCUCAUGGAAUCUGAGAUUAAAUCGCUUAUGGAUGCGGCUGACAUAGACAACAGUGGAACAAUAGACUAUGGUGAAUUUCUCGCGGCUACACUGCACUUGAAUAAGAUGGAAAGAGAAGAGAAUUUGGUUGCAGCUUUUGCUUAUUUUGAUAAAGAUGGUAGCGGUUACAUCACCAUUGACGAGCUUCAAACAGCUUGUAAGGACUUCGGCCUUGGUGAAGUACAUCUGGACGACAUUAUCCAAGAAAUCGAUCAAGAUAAUGAUGGGAGAAUCGAUUAUGGGGAGUUUGUAGCGAUGAUGAAGAAAGGUGAUGGAGAUAUGGUUGGUAGGAGCAGAACCAUGAAAGGGAAUUUGAACUUCAGUAUUGCAGAUGCAUUUAAAGUGAACGAGUCUUCUUGA